AUGGCUUGUAGGAGCAACCGCUCUCUCGUUAGCUCCUACGUCACUGGACUGGCAGCCUGUGGAAGUGCGAUUGAGAAGGUUUCUAUUCAGCUACAAGAGCGCAAGCCGUGGUUGGAGCCGAAUACCCCGCAGGUACUGGUUCACUUGCUGGACCUGGCGGCUCAGCUCGACCAAUUGUUUGCUAGUGAUACUCUUCUGGCCGACAGGCGCUGGCGAAUCGUCAAGGAUCGGUUUCGCCGACUGUCAAUGGCAAGGGAAGACACACGUACUGCUGAUGCCUCGGGCUGGGAUGCUGCUUUCUCAGGCCUUCCCCCGGUGAUCUCUACGCCUGCAGUGUUGCCUUUGCUCGGUGCAAUGGAUGGUUUACCGGAAGUACCUGAGAAUAGCUUGUUAUGGAGCCCCUAA